GGCUAAGGGGCCAGGGGUGAAGACAAGGCUGAAGGCUGUGCAGCAAUCCCGAACGGCUUGCGUAGCCGUCAUCUCUCGUACUCCAAUCCAUCACGCAGCUAGGCUCUGUGAAGAGAUAGCCUGGGUGCGUACUUAUAGCGCUGUGUUCUUGGUACUCUUUGCGCUCUUCUCUCGCUUUGGAGUGUUGCGCUCGCCACCCAUAACACGCUCGCUAGAACUGUUUGUAGCACCCACGGCAGCAACGCAUCACCGCCCCCGGAUUCCGAGCGGGCUAUAUGAACACCACUGUUCUCUGCGUAUCCACAUCUACAGCACACGGCUGCUGAACCCCAGCGCUUGCAUACCGCCUCUGCGGCCUCAUAAUCGACCUCUCCCUGCGCGCUCACCUGCACCCUCACAUACACAUACACAGCAUGGCGGCGAACGACUACUACAACACGUCCUACCCGCCUACGGGCCCAGCAACAGGCCAUGCCUCCAGUCCUCACGACCGAACAGACGCGCCGCUACCGCCGCUGCCCGGCAAGCAGUCACAGCACGUCGUCUCGCCUGUGUCUUCGCCCUUCGACGACGACACAUGCCCGCCCUACCCUGCCAACAGCAACAACACCACACACUCGUCCGGCGCACUAGGCGGAUACCCAGACACAUCAUACCACGGCCCGCCGCAAUAUGGCCACAACACAACCGCUUCUCCGUACGACACACCGCCGGCGCACGGGCACAAUGACCCCUUCGCAGAUCAGAACGCUAUUCCUUUGCAGGACAAGAUGAGCGGCAUGAGCGCCAGUCCUACACGGUACAAUGCAGACCCAGAGAGAUUGUACCACGCGCCCGAGAAGAAGAGGCGGCGACGAAAGGAGAAGGAAGGCUGGUUCAGCGGUCGAAUCACAUGGGUCGUGUACACGCUUACAAUCGUUCAAAUCGGCGUCUUCGUAGGCGAGCUGAUCAAGAACGGCAUCCUCACAGGGUCACCCAUUCAAACAAAGCCCAACUUCAACAUCAUGAUCGGGCCCUCACCCUACGUGCUGAUUAACAUGGGCGCUCGCUUUACGCCCUGCAUGCACAACAUCAAGCAGGUCAUCGAAGCAGACGUCCAGUCCUGGCCGUGCCCCAAUACUACCUCGCUUGACGCCGGCUCCUUGACCUGCUCGCUCAACGAGCUCUGCGGCCUCGGCGGCGUCCCCGACCAGUCUGGCGUAACAGACUUCGCAAACCGCUCCCACGAACCCAACCAAUGGUACCGCUUCAUCGUGCCCAUGUUCUUGCACGCGGGAAUCAUCCACAUCGGGUUCAACAUGCUCCUCCAACUCACACUCGGGCGGGACAUGGAGAAGGAAAUCGGGCCCCUGCGCUUCGCACUCGUCUACUUCAGCGCAGGCAUCUUCGGCUUCGUCCUCGGCGGCAACUACGCCGCCGACGGUAUCACAUCUGUCGGCGCGUCUGGCUCCCUUUUCGGCAUCCUAGCUCUCACCCUGCUCGAUCUCUUCUACAACUGGAGUUCGCGCCGCAGCCCAGUCAAGGACCUCUUGUUCCUGCUGCUCGACAUCGCCAUCGCGUUCGUGCUCGGCCUGCUUCCUGGACUCGACAACUUCUCCCACAUCGGCGGCUUCCUGAUGGGCAUCGUUCUCGGAAUCUGCCUCCUGCACUCUCCCCAGGCGCUGCGCGAGCGCACAGGCGAAGACGAACUGCCGUACACCACCGUCUCGAACCCGAUUCACGAUCCGCAGGCCGACCCCACACACCCGCCCAUGGCGUCCAACAAUCCCGUCGUCGGACUCAGCAAAUUCGCAAAACAGCCGGUAUCCUUCUUCAAAGGCCGCAAGCCGCUGUGGUGGGCGUGGUGGAUCUUGCGCGCCGGUGGAUUGGUUGCUGCUUUUGUUGGGUUCAUUCUACUUCUACGCAAUUUCUACGAGUGGCGGAACACGUGCUCGUGGUGCAAGCAUUUGUCGUGCUUGCCGAUCAAGACCAACGGAGUAGAAUGGUGCGAUAUCGGCGGUCUCAAUCUUACCACGACGAGUCAGAAUUCGAAGAGGGACUUGGGGUUUGAUAUGGCGGCGUAUGCGCUCGACAGCUUCGCCGGCUCAUACUAAAGAGACCCGGGUAGCUGAGCGUCGUUUUGAGUGUUUGGGUACACAAGGCCAGAUACCACCGUUCUUGUCGAUUGCUUUGGACAGACCACAGUGAGCGUGGAAGAUAGAGUACAUGCAUACAGCCAGGCGUCAGUAUAUCUUAGCAUUAGCGAGCGAUAGCAGUUACAAUAAUGCGGCACGG